CACUUCUUUGUCACUUCUUUGUCACUUCUUUGUCACUUCUUUGUCACUUCUUUGUCACUUCUUUGUCUAGUGAAGAGCCCACACAGACGUCUUUGGUGGCUACCCAUACCCCAUCCAUCCUCUUCAGAUACCCUGGCCCCUACGCACACGAGCCACAACCCCGCCCAGUCAUCCCAUACCCUCCCCAACCAAAAGCACACACAUGGUACAGCUAUUGGAAUCCACGAGGAACUACCUCAAGACCUCCACCAGGCUUGGCCGUCGUAUGAGCCACUACAGAGACGAGACCAGCGGGAGCGAAACCAGUCUUCCUAGCAACCCUAACGAUACCUGUUCUUUCGACAACGGCCUGAGCAACGACAGGCCCCAGGAAGUCACUUCUCGCCGACAUUCAACCAGAAAGCGACUCUCGGGUCUGUUCACACUGGAAGGACGUAAUAAGAAUCCUCAGCCAGAGGAGCGACAAAGUAGUAACAACGGCCUCUUGCGCAAGAUUGGCUCUGAGGCGCAGGGGAAGGAGGAUAGUCUCGCUGAGAAUAGGCGCAGAGACAGCAAGAGCAGUGAGAGGACCCACAGGAGCAGCAAAAGUCGUCAGAGCGGAAGCAGGAGCGUGAAUGGUAGCCGUUAUCAGGACAGGGACUACGUCUCUGAGCACAUGGAGCACGAGGUGCCACGAGGCCGAUCACCAACUCUAUCCAUGUCCAACACCGUCAGUACCACUACGUCCUCCUCCUACGACGUGCGUCCGACCGAUUAUCCCAACAUCCGUCAAUACCAUGCACACGUCUGGCGGCGUAAUCUUUUGGAGGAGAGUAUCAUGCAUUCCCUCAAACUUGGCUAUGCAGAGCGUCAGCGAUCGACUUCUCGCAGCCACGCACACCCCUCCAAAAAGGACUCUCCGCGCGCACGUCGGGCUCGUGAACAGGCUAUUCUCGCCGCAGCGACGGGAAGGGAUCUAGCCUCUGCUUCUCUGCUGGAAUCAGAUGACGCAACUUUGCGCAAGGCACCGCAGGAAAACAUUAUUGACAGGAGUCUCAAAAUCAUAAACAGUGGCCAUCACACCCAGCCAACGCCUUCGUCUCCACAACAACAACAACAACAGCAGCAGCAGCAAUUCCGAUAUUCGAUGAACAGUCCAUAUCAAUUGGAUUACAAUGCCUCGAUGGCUAACAUCACACACUCCUUUACAAGUUUCACUCUCGAACUCCCAGAACAUCAAGUAUCCCACGUUAUGGCAUCGUCUGCUGUUCCAGAGCUCUUCAAAAUUAGAGGGACCGUUCCCGGAGGAUUCGCACAUCGGCCGAGAAGCAGACGGAAUUCGCGAGCAUCUCUGGUCGGUGGGGUUACUCCUUCGCCACGGGUCUUGACUGGAAAGAAACCUGUGGCCCCUUUGCAAACAGCCGUGUUGCCGAAUGUGGAGGAUGAGGGUGAGGAUGAGGACGAGGACGAGGACGGGAGCGAGGAUAAGGAACUAGAGUCGCCGCUUACGCCUACGUCUGCUGCCUGGGCCGACUCUGUGGUUGGCUCGUUUGAUAAGGCUGUAGAGACGAAAAACGACUCGAAAGCCCAGGAAGACUUGGAGACUCUUGAGGCCGCCUCAGCUCGCGCGGGUUAGCAAUAUUCAUGAGGUAGCAUUUCCCCUCAAAAAAAAGAGU